AUGAGCUGUCGCGGCGAUAUCGAUGAGGCUCGUAGCAACACAUGCCGCGGCUGUGGUCGGCAUCAAAUCCUAAGUUGCGGUCAGUCAUGGCAUGGGGCGGGCAUGCUCGGCAUGGCACCUGACACCACGACGGGUGGGCGGGUUGGUAUCGCCGCGGAGCCGGACACUUCCACUCAGGUUGUCUCUGCGCAUGCGAUGUGCUACGGACAUGAAUUCGCGGGGAACCAGCUACAAGCUACACCGGUUUCAAAACCACAAAACGUACCGAGGUCAUCCAACAAGGCGGCCGGGACACAGCACGAACCUAUCGCAUCUGCUCCUGUCGCCGGCCGGAAGAACAAUUGCCCGAUGCCGUGCCUGUAUCACCCAAACAUCACUGCCCCUACGCAUUUCCAUGUGCCCAGUUUUUGCAUGACAUGGUGCCGAACAAGUUGUUUGGCCGAUCAAUACAUAAUGCACCCCUGGACUGAUAGAGUCAUAUCAACUUACGCGUGUACUUACACCAUCAAGACCUGUCAGUGGUCAAACCUAUGUCUACUUAUCUCCACUGUUGACCCCUACAUCAUUUUACUCCCGCUUCUGUUUGAGUUUUACACUUCUUGCUGGAAUAUUCCUGCUUUUUCUUCCUAUAUCCCGCAGCCUCUGACAACUGACAUCUCGCAUCUUACAAGCGAGGCUGAUGCAUGCUGCCACACCUCUAACAGGUAUGCUAGUUGUGCUCCAUCUGUCAAACUUGACAUGGGCGCCAAGAGCAACUUCAUGACAGGGCCAGCUCUUGAUAUGCAGCUAAUGUAG